CGUUCGCUGCUUGCCGCAGUUUCAGCUACUUCCAGGUUCUCUCCGCACCACGAAGUUCCUAGAUACCCCUCACAGACUCGUUCAUCAUGCACGGCAACGGCAACGGAACUGGCACUCAGACGGGCGCCAUCACGCCCCGUACCUCGACCUCCCUCCGGCCCCUCACCCUCUCCCACGGCUCUCUCGAGGCUACCUUCUCAAUACCACUAGCCCUCCAUUUCCACGCGUCUCGAUUGAAGGAGCAGUUCGUGGCGACCCUGCCCACUCCCACCGACGAACUCGCCCAGGAUGAUGAGCCGUCCUCGGUUCCCGAGCUCGUGGCCAGAUACAUGGGCUUCGUCGCCCGCGAGGUUGCUGAGGGCGAGGAGCAGGCACAAGGACCCGCCGGCGAGGUGCUAAAACUGAUCUUCAACGAGUUUGAGAGGUCAUUCCUUCAGGGAAAUGAUGUUCAUGCCGUCGUGGCGACGCUCCCCGGCAUCGAGGCCAAGAAGCUGGGCGUGAUCCGCAGCUACUUCGCUGCCCGGGCGGCAUCAAACAGGCCCAUCAAGCCUCAUGAAUCUGCGCUGUUGCGGGCGGCCGCCGACGAGGACGAGCCGGCCAAGAUCUACAGCAUCUUCGGUGGCCAGGGCAACAUUGAGGAAUACUUCGAGGAGCUCAGGGAGCUGUACCAGACCUACCCGUCGUUCGUCAGCGACCUCGUUGUCUCCUCUGCCGAACUCCUCCAGACCUUGUCCAGCCACCCAAGCGCGGAGAAGCUAUACUCGAAGGGUCUCGACAUCAUGCACUGGCUGCACCACCCCGACGCGACGCCCGCCACUGACUACCUGAUCUCCGCCCCUGUCAGUUUCCCGCUGAUCGGUCUCGUGCAGCUGGCGCACUAUCAGGUCACCUGCAAAGUGCUUGGCAUUGAUCCUGGCGCCCUGCGAGAGAGGAUUAGUGGGACGACGGGCCAUUCGCAGGGUAUCGUGCUUGCUGCCGCUACAGCUGCUGCGGAUUCGUGGGAGUCGUUCGGGGAGAUCGCCAAGACCGCCCUCACCAUCCUCUUCUGGAUCGGCGCGCGCAGCCAGCAAACAUUCCCCAUCACCUCCAUGAGUCCAUCCCUGCUCCAGGACGCCGUGGCCAACAUGGAGGGCGUCCCUACGCCAAUGCUGAGCAUCCGCGACCUUCCCCAAGCAGAUGUGCAGAGGCACAUUGACCAGACGAACCAAUACCUCCCCCCCGACCAGCAUAUCUUCAUCUCGCUCGUCAACAGCGCUCGGAACAUGGUCGUCGCUGGCCCGCCCAGAUCACUGUGCGGUCUCAACGCGCAGCUCCGGAAGGUCAAGGCGCCCACCGGGCUUGAUCAGACCAGGAUCCCCCACACGCAGAGGAAGAUCCGGUUCGUCAACCGGUUUCUGCCGAUCACGGCGCCCUUCCACAGCAGUUAUCUCGCCGAGGCGGCCGCCCUGAUUGCCGAGGAUCUCAAGGACGUCCAGAUCGAUGUUGGGCGUCUGGCCAUUCCCGUCUUCGACACUCACACUGGCGAAGACAUCCGAGCGGUUGAGUCUGGGAACAUCGUGCCUGCCCUGGUCCGCAUGAUCACGAGGGAUCCGGUUAACUGGGAGAAGGCCACUGUUUUCCCGGGCGCCACACACAUCUUGGACUUUGGACCCGGCGGCAUCUCGGGCCUUGGCGUCCUGACGAGCCGCAACAAGGAGGGCACCGGCGUCCGCGUCAUCCUGGCAGGAACCGUGAGCGGGACCGCCAGCGAGGUCGGGUACAAGUCGGAGCUCUUCGACCGCGAUGAGGAGGGUGCCGUCAAGUACGCCGUUGACUGGGUCAAGGAAUAUGGUCCACGACUCGUGAAGACCUCGAGUGGCCGCACUUACGUCGACACGAAGAUGAGCCGCCUUCUCGGUCUGCCGCCGCUCCUGGUUGCCGGCAUGACUCCCGCCACGGUUCCCUGGGAUUUCGUGGCCGCGACCAUGAACGCCGGCUACCACAUCGAGCUUGCCGGCGGCGGCUACUACAACGCCAAGACCAUGACGGAGGCCAUCUCCAAGAUCGAGAAGGCGAUCCCGCCCGGCCGCGGCAUUAGCGUCAACCUCAUUUACGUCAACCCUCGUGCCAUGGCUUGGCAGAUCCCGCUGCUUCGCAGGCUCAGGGCCGAGGGGGUCCCGCUCGAAGGCCUGACCAUCGGUGCUGGCGUCCCGUCGAUCGAGGUUGCGCAGGAGUACAUCGAGACCCUAGGUCUCAAGCACAUCUCGUUCAAGCCCGGCUCGACCGACGCCAUCCAAUCAGUCAUCAACAUCGCCAAAGCCAACCCGAAGUUUCCCGUCAUUCUCCAGUGGACGGGUGGCAGAGGAGGUGGUCACCACUCAUUCGAGGACUUCCACGCUCCCAUCCUGGCCAUGUACGGGCGCAUCCGCCGCCAAGAGAACAUCAUCCUCGUCGCUGGCAGCGGCUUCGGCGGCGCCGAGGACACGUACCCUUACCUCACCGGCGCCUGGUCCACCAAGUUCGGCUAUCCUCCGAUGCCUUACGACGGUUGCUUGUUCGGCAGCCGCAUGAUGGUUGCCAAGGAAGCCCACACCAGCAGGGCUGCCAAGGAGGCAAUCGUCAAGGCCCCGGGCGUCGAUGAUAGCCAAUGGGAGGAAACAUACAAGGGACCUGCCGGCGGUGUCAUCACCGUGAGGUCCGAGAUGGGCGAGCCGAUCCACAAGCUGGCCACUCGCGGCGUCCUCUUCUGGGCCGAGAUGGACAAGAAGAUCUUUUCGCUCCCCAGGGAGAAGCGCGUCGCCGAGCUGAAGAAGAACCGGGACUACAUCAUCAAGAAGCUGAACAAUGACUUCCAGAAGGUGUGGUUCGGCCAGAACAAGGAGGGCAAGGCUGUCGACCUCGAAGACAUGACGUAUGGCGAGGUCAUCCGCCGGAUGGUUGCGCUCCUGUACGUCAAGGAUGAGGCUCGCUGGAUCGACCCUUCGUUCAUCAAGCUCACCGGCGAUUUCAUCCAUCGCGUCGAGGAGCGGUUCACGACUUCUCCCGGACAGCCGUCGCAUCUUCAGAGCUACGCAGACCUUGACGAGCCGUAUUCUGCUGUCGAGCGCAUCUUGUCGCACUACCCGGAUGCCGAGACGCAACUCAUCAACGCACAGGAUGUGCAACACUUCUUGCUCUUGUGCCAGCGUCGCGGACAGAAGCCCGUCACUUUCGUGCCGGCGCUUGAUGAAAACUUCGAGUUCUUCUUCAAGAAAGAUUCUCUCUGGCAAUCCGAGGAUCUCGGUGCCGUCAUCGACAAGGACGUCGAGAGAACCUGCAUUCUCCAGGGGCCGGUGGCUGCAAAGCACUCCACCAAGGUCGAUGAGCCGGUCAAAGACAUCCUUGACGGCAUACACAACGGUCACAUUGCGAGUCUGACCCGUGAUUUAUACGGGAACGACGCGUCCAAGAUCCCCACGGUCGAGUACCUCGGUGGCGAUUCCAUCAAGCCCGAGAUCCGCCCUGUGGACGGGUUGGCAACCCUCUGCACCGACGCCAGGAACACCUAUCGGCUAUCAUCAUCCCCGUCAGCUCAGCUCCCGUCCCUCGAGUCGUGGAUUUCGCUCCUGGCCGGUCCAACCCGGAACUGGCGCUACGCUCUUCUCCAGUCCGACGUCAUCGUUCAGGGGCAAAAGUACCAGACGAACCCGAUGAAGAAGAUCUUUGCACCGACUCCGGGUCUGUUCGUUGAGAUUCUCCACCCCAACGACCCCGCCAAAACUGUCAUCCUGGUCAAGGAACAGCCGCGCCAUGACCGCUAUGUCGAUGUGAUCGAGGCCAAGCUCGUCGGCGGAAACGAGAUCGUUGUCAGCAUGAUCAAGGAUACCAGUGCCCUCGGCAAGCCCGUGGCCCUCCCGCUGCGAUUCACAUACCGCCCAGAGGCCGGCUACGCGCCAAUUCAUGAGAUCAUGGACGGUCGCAACGACAGAAUCAAAGAGUUCUACUGGCGUGCCUGGUUCGGCGAAGAUCCGCUCGAUCUCGAUGCCUCCAUUUCCGGCAAGUUUGAUGGCGGCAAGACCACCAUCACUGGCGAGGCCAUCAACGAGUUUGUCCACGCGGUCGGCAACACCGGCGAAGCCUUCGUGGACCGUCCGGGCAAGACGAUGUACGCACCCAUGGACUUCGCGAUCGUGGUCGGCUGGAAGGCCAUCACGAAACCGAUCUUCCCGCGUACCAUCGAUGGCGAUCUUCUAAAGCUCGUGCACCUUUCCAAUCAGUUCCGCAUGUUGCCCGGUGCUGAGCCCCUGAAGAAGGGCGACGAGGUCCACACGACGGCUCAGAUCAACGCCGUCGUCAACCAAGACUCUGGCAAGAUGGUUGAGGUCUGCGGCACUAUCACCCGCGAGGGCAAGGCUGUCAUGGAGGUCACGUCGCAGUUCCUGUACCGCGGUGUGUACACCGACUUCGAGAACACCUUCCAGCGCAAGGUUGAGACGCCUAUGCAGGUUCACCUGGCUACUUCCAGGGACGUCGCCGUCCUUCGCUCCAAGCAGUGGAUCGUCUUCGAUGAUGACGUCGUCAGUGAGCUCGCGGUAUGGAAGGAUAAGGACGGGCUCGAAGGCCAGACCCUGACCUUCCGUCUGCACAGCCUGGUGCGCUUCAAGAACAAGACUGUCUUCAGUCACGUCGAGACAAGGGGCCAGGUCCUCCUCGAGCUGCCGUCAAAGGAGAUCAAGCAGGUCGCCACGGUCGUCUAUGAGGCUGGCGAGUCGCACGGAAACCCGGUCAUUGACUACCUCCAGCGACACGGAUCGGCCAUCGAGCAGCCCGUCAACUUCGCGAACGCGAUUCCGCUGGGCGGGAAGACGCCUCUCCAGCUUCGGGCCCCAGCCUCCAACGAGACGUACGCUCGAGUCUCCGGGGACUACAACCCCAUUCACGUGUCUCGCGUCUUUGCCGCGUAUGCCAACCUGCCUGGAACCAUCACUCACGGGAUGUACACCAGCGCGGCCGUGCGCAGUUUAGUGGAAACGUGGGCUGCCGAGAACAAGAUCGGCCGCGUCCGGAGUUUCCACGCCUCGCUCACCGGCAUGGUUCUCCCCAACGACGAUCUCAGCGUGAAGCUGCAGCACGUGGGCAUGGUGGCGGGCCGCAAGAUCAUCAAGGUCGAGACGUUCAACAAGGAGACGGAAGAGAAGGUUCUGCUCGGCGAGGCGGAGAUCGAGCAACCGGUGACCGCCUAUGUCUUCACCGGCCAGGGCUCUCAGGAGCAAGGGAUGGGCAUGGACCUCUAUGCCAGCAGCCCGGUCGCCAAGGAGGUCUGGGACCGUGCGGACAAGUACCUGAUGGACACCUACGGCUUCGCCAUCACGAACAUCGUCAAGAACAACCCGAAGGAGCUCACCAUCCACUUCGGGGGCAAGCGUGGCAAGCUUAUCCGCAAGAAUUACAUGGACAUGACCUUCGAGACAGUGAUGGCGGAUGGGUCGAUUAAGUCGGAGCGCAUCUUCAAGGAGAUCACCGAGAAGACAACCUCGUACACGUUCCGCUCACCCAAUGGUCUGCUGUCGGCGACGCAGUUCACCCAGCCCGCCUUGACCUUGAUGGAGAAGGCGAGCUUCGAAGACAUGAAAGCCAAGGGGCUCGUUCCCCGCGAUAGCACCUUUGCGGGCCACUCUCUCGGCGAGUACUCGGCGCUUGCUGCCCUCGCCGACGUCAUGCCCAUCGAGUCCCUUGUCUCGGUCGUCUUCUACCGCGGCCUGACCAUGCAAGUCGCGGUCGAGCGGGACGCGUCCGGCCGCUCCAACUAUGGCAUGUGCGCGGUCAACCCCAGCCGCAUCAACAAGACCUUCAACGAGGAGGCGUUGCGGUUCGUUGUGAACAACAUUGCGGAAACGACGGGUUGGCUCCUCGAGAUCGUCAACUACAACAUCGCCAACAUGCAGUACGUCUGCGCCGGCGAUCUCCGGGCGCUCGACACCCUGGCCGGCGUCACCAACUUCCUGAAGAUGCAGAAGAUCGACAUUGAGCAGCUGCGUCGGGAGAUGCUGCCCGAAGAGGUCAAAGAGCAACUUGUGAAGAUUAUCAAGGGGUGUGCGGAAGAGACCCUGCGCAAGCCGACGCCUCUGGAGCUGCAGCGCGGCUUCGCGACGAUCCCGCUCAGGGGCAUCGACGUGCCGUUCCACUCGACAUUCCUGCGGUCCGGCGUCAAGCCUUUCCGCAGCUUCCUUCUUAAGAAGAUCAACAAGACGACGAUCGACCCCGCCAAGCUGAUUGGCAAAUAUAUCCCCAACGUGACGGCCAAGCCGUUCGCGCUGACCAAGGAGUACUUUGAGGAGGUCUACCGCCUCACCAAUUCACCCAGAAUCGCCAACAUCCUGGCCAAUUGGGAUCAGUACCAGGAUGACGGCAGUGAGUCAUCGGCGCAGGCAGUGGCGACCGGCGGUGACGAGGUCAUCGGGGAGCCCAUUCUCGUGAACGGCGUUGGCCACAGUGUUGAGGUCGACACGGAGUGAUCGACAUGCUUGUUGAGGGGAGUCAAGACGCUGGGCAGUUUGUGGCUUUGAUUCACUGUUGCAUCCUAAGGAGGGAACUUUCCUGCUAAAGUUAUGUGCUUUUUACGAUCAUAUUAAUGCGUGUGGUCUUAUUCGCGUGUAAUGGGCUCCUGAUUGGUCUUUAGAGUUAGACAAUAGACAUCUCUUUGCCACUUCUGUUUGGAAUUGUUCCUGCAAUCGUGUAUUUCUUGGG